UUGCGUCUUGGUGCGAUUAACGCACAUAAUACGGCCAUCAUCAAGCCGGUAGGGAAUGUGAGUCCGAAGAAGAAGCGGCUCGUUCGAGCGCCGAAAACAAGGAAGCCGAGAAGGAAGCAGUCGUGGCGGGAUGCGAGCGGCGACUGGGAUGACCUGUCGUACGACCGUCAAGAGCGAGUGGCCUCGCCUGCGGAGCGGGAGCGUCGGCGUCAGGUCGUGCAGGAGAGCGCGCGCGCAUGGCUCGGCACUCCGCAAGAGGAGUACCGCUCGGACGAUGACGCAACUGGGCUGCUCGGCGUCGUGACAUCCGUCCACGGCAGCCUCUACAUGGUCGAGUUGUCCGGCGAGCCGGUGGAAUGCCAUAUCCGUGAGUCGCUCAAGGACCAGGAGACAGGCUUCGUCAAUCCGGUCGCGGUGGGAGACCGCGUGGUCGUGACGGAAGACGGCGCGGGGGGAUUCGCCAUCGAGGAGCUACUCGAGCGUGAUUCGAUCCUCACGCGGCCAUCCUCAUUCAAGGGCUAUCUCAGGCAGAUCGUCGCCGCCAACGUCGACCAGCUAUUGAUCGUCACGUCGUGGCGGGAGCCCGUAUUCUGGCCGGAACUGGUCGACAGGUAUCUGGUAACCGCCGACGUUCACGAGCUCGACCCCGUCAUCUGCGUGACGAAGGGAGAUCUCAUCGAGGACGCCGAGGAGUUCGAGACUGCGCUUUCGCCGUAUCAGGACCUCGACUACCCCAUCGUUGUCACUUCGACGACGAUGGGCGACAGUAUGGACGAGCUUAGAGAGCAUCUCGCCGGAAAGAGCACCGUGCUGUCGGGGCUAUCGGGAACGGGGAAGUCGUCGCUGCUGAACACCCUGAAACCAGGUCUCGGCUUGCGCGUCGGCGAGAUCAGCACGUGGCGCGGACGUGACCAGGGGCGGCACACAACUUCAAGGGCAACACUCUUGCGCAUCGAUGAGGAGACGACCGUGGUAGACACGCCGGGCAUUCGCGAAUGGGGACUCAGCGGUCUCACUCGCCGGAACUGUGGCACUUCUUCCCGGAGAUCGAGCAGCGGCGCGCGGGAUGCAAAUUCACCGACUGCCGCCAUUUCGAGGAGCCUGAGUGCGCGGUCGUCGCGGCGACGGAGUCCGGCGAGAUAG